GAGUGGACACAGCCUGGUUUAUUGUUGAUCUCGAAAACCGGUUUGUUCGCGUAGCUUGCGUUUGCAUGAUGAUAAAAUUGUAGAUAAUCGACGGCAUGUAGACUGCGUAGCCUUGAACCUCGAGCGUGCAAAUCGUUUACAUUCAUGGGGGAUCCGUCACUGUCAACAAUAGAGCCGCGCGGCGCUCGCGUGCUGCACCCAAAGCCAAGUUUCGUGUCGGCAUAAACUGACACAGUCUCACAUUCUUUUUGAUCGUUAUUUUGCAUCCUAUCCAUGGCAAUACUGUAACGUCCGCUGUGAACACAUCGUUUGCACGGACGAAGGCGUACACGAGAUGAGCGAAUGAGGAAAAUUAAUCGAGGUCAGUUGAAAGGGAAUAACAAAGAGAAGCUGCGUUGUCUGCAGUCUCGCGAGCACCCAUUAGCGGAAGCGGCACGCGGCUGUAACGUUCAGUGUUUCUGUUUGACAUUCGAACUUCGCAGUUUCGCUCGAGUCGGUUUGGAGUAGAGCCGUUGGUAGCCGACAUUUACCCAUUUUGGGGAAUUUGGUCGAUUUUUGUCAACUAAAAAAAUCAUAUUAUUUAAAAAAAUGAGUGUAGAGACAUUGGGUUAUACGCAUCGCGUCUGUUAAACGUUAUUUUCAAAACGGAGCUCGCGCGUCAGGGGAAUUACCGGUUAAACCUGGAGUUGGUCGUUUUAUUUUCACUCAUGAGACUGAAAAUGACGACGAGACUUAACGUUAUGUGAAUUUGAAGGGUUUAACUUUGGCUCAACCUUGGGAUUGAAAGUGAUCAUUACAUUUAUCAGCAGGCUACUGUCCUUCCCCUCUCGAUGACCCCUUAAUGUGAAUUGAAUGUAACCCUUAGUUCUCUACAGAAUGGGUGAACUGGAAACAAGGGCUCCUGUAUAUUAUCGUCAACAGCAUAUUUUGAUCUGUGCAUGGAUCUUGCGUUACUUUUAUCACAGAGCACUCCCUGUGAUUCUUUCCAACACUUUGUUUUGCAAAAGUAUUGACUUUAUCUGAACUGGAGUUUGGAGAAUAUAACUUGGUUUAAGGUUGAUUCGUUACCAUAUUAUCAUACUCAGGCCUUUUCUGUGGUUGCAUGGAUAGUAUAUAGGGUUUGACCCAACAGCUCACUCCACUCAGUGGAGAAAUGUCUGAAAAUAUCACCGACAAUAUGGUCAAGUUUCUGUCCCCCCCUCCGAGGAAUGUCAACGGCUCCAGCUCAGACUCGCUGGUGGGCGAGCAUCUAGGUGUGGAGGUCCGACGCCGGCACCACACCAUGGAGCGGGACCUGCUGAGGGCAGAGCAUCGAUUCUUUCGACGCAGUGUUAUCAACGACUCCAAUGCCACGGCCCUGGAGCUGCCCAGCAAGAACUGUAUCCUAGCCACCCCAGCAGACUGCCCUGCUCCAGUAUCUGAACCUCCUAUCCUGGAAACCAAAGUCGCACCACCACCUGCACUCUCUGCGGAGAUGGUUGCAUCAGUAAAGAAGAACAUAGAUGGAGAAGGAGAUGGUAUCAGGGUCGAGGCAGCAAUAGAGUCACAGCCAGUGUUGAUUGGUUCCACCGUAAAGGCCGGACCGCUUCUUUCUGCAGAACCGCCAUGUUUGGCUGCGUCACCAAAGUCUGGAGAUAACGUUGAUGCAAAAUCCCAAGAUGAGAAAGAUGAAGAAGAUAAAGAGAAGGCGAAAGCCGAGGCUGAGAAGAAGGAGCAGGAGGACAUUGAGGAAGUGGAGACAAAGGCAGUUGGGACGUCACCAGAGGGGCGCUUUUUAAAGUUUGACAUUGAGAUUGGACGUGGCUCUUUCAAGACCGUCUACAAGGGUCUGGAUACCGAAACUACUGUGGAGGUGGCAUGGUGUGAGUUGCAGGACCGCAAGUUGUCCAAGACAGAGCGACAGCGUUUCAAGGAAGAAGCCGGAAUGCUGAAGGGCCUUCAACAUCCAAACAUAGUUCGCUUUUAUGACUCCUGGGAGUCGUCAUCCUUGAAAGGGAGGAAGUGUAUUGUCCUGGUGACUGAACUCAUGACAUCUGGAACGCUCAAGACGUAUCUGAAACGGUUCAAGGAGAUGAAGAUCAAAGUGUUGCGCAGCUGGUGCAGACAGAUUCUGAAGGGUCUGCACUUUCUCCACACCAGGUCGCCUCCCAUCAUCCACCGGGACCUCAAGUGUGACAAUAUCUUCAUCACCGGCCCCACCGGAUCAGUCAAGAUCGGAGAUCUGGGUCUGGCUACCCUCAAGAGGACUUCCUUUGCCAAAAGUGUCAUAGGUACUCCUGAAUUCAUGGCGCCUGAGAUGUAUGAGGAGAAGUAUGACGAGUCAGUGGAUGUAUAUGCCUUUGGGAUGUGUAUGCUGGAGAUGGCUACUUCUGAGUACCCGUACUCCGAGUGUCAAAAUGCGGCUCAGAUCUAUCGCAGAGUCACUAGCGGGGUGAAGCCAGGCAGCUUCGACAAGGUGGCGAUUCCCGAAGUAAAGGAGAUCAUCGAGGGUUGUAUACGUCAGCUUAAAGAUGAGAGGUAUUGCAUCAAGGACCUCCUAAGUCACGCCUUUUUCCAGGAGGAGACGGGGGUUCGUGUAGAACUUGCUGAGGAGGACGAUGGAGAGCUGGUGGCUAUAAAGUUAUUGCUUCGCAUUGAAGACGUAAAGAAACUUAAAGGGAAAUACAAAGAGAAUGAGGCCAUUGAGUUUUCAUUUGACUUGAAUAAAGAUGUCCCAGAGGAUGUUGCCCAAGAAAUGGUGGAGUCUGGCUAUGUUUGCGAGGGAGACCACAAGACCAUUGCAAAGGCCAUAAAGGACAGAGUAUCCCUGAUCUCCCGAAAGCGAGAGCAGAGAAAACUUGUAAGGGAAGAGCAGGAAAAGAGGAAGUUGGAGCAAGAGAGGGAGAUCCAGGCUCAGAAUGGGACACAACAGCCUGGAGUUCAGACUCAGACCAUUGCUAAACCCCCUGGGCCUGCCCUGGCUCCAGUUAUUUCUGAGUCUGAUGAACAUGAGGCUGAACAACACCAGCAGAUACAGCAGCCGGGAGCCUCAGCUUCUACUAUGGGGUUUGUGGACACCCAAGGGCCUAUAAUUGUUCCCGAGCCUCAUACUGUUCAGGCAGGCACAUCUUUCAGCUCUAUACAGCCUGACCCACAGCCACAGCUGCCCACACAGCACACCAUGACUCAUCCACAAACCACCUCACAGCCCCCAGUGCAGGCUCCUCUGCAGCAGUCUAGCGGUACUUUGACCCCGGGCUCUAUCCCUCAAACUGUAACUGCAGUUUCACCACAGGUCAUGGGUCAGCCAACCACUUUGAACCCUGCCGUUCAGCCUGUUGCCCCCCUGCAGUACCAUCAGCCAACUCAGGAUGGCAGCACUGCACCUCAGACUGUCACUUUACCCCAGGCUCUGCAAGGCCCUCAAGUGUUACAGACAUCUUUGAGCGUGUCCCAGCCACAGCCACCGGAGCAGCCACAACCUCAAACAACUCUUGUUCCAGCCUCAACAGAGAGCGGCCAUUCUGAUCCUGCAUCUGGUCUGAGUGAUGGAAAUGAAGGCAGACAUGAGGGGCGCUCCAUGAAACGACCACAACGCCGCUCCGUGCGCAGUCGCUCACGCCAUGAAAAAAUGGGCAAAGCCAAACUCAAUGUCCUGGAAAUUUCUAAUAAAGGUGACAGAGUGGCUGAAUGUCAGCUAGAAACCCAUAAUAGGAAGAUGGUGACAUUCAAGUUCGAUUUAGAUGGAGAUAAUCCUGUUGAAAUUGCUGAAAUUAUGGUUCAAAGUGAUUUUAUCUUGGAGACUGAGAGGGAGUCCUUCAUUAAGCAAAUUCGUGAGGUCAUUCAGAAGGCAGAUCGUGAAGCUCCAAAAAACAGCCAACAUCAGGUGAUAAGUAAUUUGGGCCAGCAAAUACCUCAAAUUUCAACAUCCAAUAUCCCUACAGGUAUUCCGCCUAGCAUAGCAGCACAAGUUGUUCACUCAGCAGGUCGGCGCUUUAUAGUAAGCCCAGUGCCUGAAGCACGCCUCCGGGAUCCAUUCUAUGGCCCACCUUCAGCCAACACAUCAUUUGAAGACUCUGCACCAGUGUCCGAUUCCACCUCAGUCAGCAGUGUUCAGCAGGACCAAGCCAACUUGGUCCCUGGUUCUACCCAAAUUCCUGCUACUGGAGGUUUUGCUUCAGAGACCAGUAUUCCUCCUGAUUCUCAGUCAUCAUACCAGAACCCUGUUCAAUCUCUGCCAGCCGUCGCCACUCAAGUUCCUACACCUCCAUCCACUCAACAAACCAGAACAGGACGGGCUUCGCCUUCCCCAGCUCCAGCUGAGUUACCAAUCCAGCGUCGAAUGUCACUUCCAACCCCGACUGCAUCUUACCAGAUUCAACAAACAAUAGGUCAGCAGGUUGACAGUGGUAGCUUACUGGUCCCAUCUGGUGGAGAACAACCUCUACCCAGCAUCCAGCAGGUGCAAAUCCCCUCUUCUGUCCCUGUUGUAACGGGAGACUGCGAGAGCGACUCCCAAGGGAAGCCACCUGGUAUCGAAGACAUUCAUGCUCUGGAUCAAAAACUACGUUCCCUUUUUAAGGACACCUCCCAGAGCUCCUCCAAUCAAGCUGACGGAUCUGGAGAGACAUGCUCACCACCCAACACUAUCAGUAAUGCUGGUUUGUCUCUCAGUUCCAGUGGAAACUUUGCAGCUGGUGCUUUUGCCUCUGUUGGACAGGCAGGAACCCCAACAAGCUUUGCCCAGACACCAUCUGCAGAGCCAUCCCCACAAAGACAACAGACCUUGGUGGAUGUAAUUCAACUUGAUGGAAUAACCAACCCUGAUGGAACGUCCAAACCUGAUGGAAUAACCAACCCUGAGUCCAAACCUGAUGGAAUUACUAAACCUGAUGAAAUGUCCAAACCUGAUGGAAUAACCAACCCUGAUGCAAUUACUAAACCUGAUGGAAUGACCAACCCUGAUGCAAUAACUAAACCUGAUGGAAUGACCAACCCUGAUGAAAAGCAGCCAGUGACAUCAUCACCAGACAACGGGUUCAAACUUGGCCGAUUUCAGGUGUCUGUGACCAGCGAUCAGGACCUAAGCAGUGCUCCAGAUCCACCAGUCGUAAAUUCAUCUUCCUCCAUCACUCCCACUUCAACAUCGUCUUCCUCCUCUUCAUCGCCAUCAUCUCUCUCUAGCCCUGAAAACACUGUUCAUAAAUCUCAGACCUCGCCUAGGCCAAGCUAUGAAUCCAUUCCAAGUACCACUACAGUAGGUCGUUUUCAGGUGACCUCCAGCACUGACAUCAAAGUAGGCCGCUUUUCGGUGACCACAGCAGAAGCGAAGGUUUCCACUGUAAGCUCUGCUGAGGGUCUGGAUACCACUAAAGAGUUUAAGAUGACCCCUAACAGCACAUCCAUCACCAAUCACUACCUCAGCAGUGACAACGACUCUGAACCAGAGACCGAGGGCUUGAAACGAGAAAUGAACAGACUCAGGGAAAGACACUUGGCUGAGAUCCAGACAUUGCAAAAUAAACAGAAAAAAGAGAUUGAAGAACUCUAUAAGCGUCUGGGCAAAACUCCACCCUCUGUAGUGGUUCCUCCUACCAUAGCCAUGGCAGGAGGCAGGCGGAGACCUACUAAGGGCAAGGGGAGCAAAUCAAGCCGUACCAAUGGCACUCAGGCCAGUUCUCUUCAACAAGGGAACAAAGCAAGCAUACAGAGUGGUCAAAGUUCAGUUAACCAGUCAUCCACUGGGAACAAAUCUUCUGAAACUUCUGUUCUAAGCUCAGAUGUUCAUGAUCAAGGCAACACGAGCCCGGUCAUAACAGAGAACGGACAGAGCCAUGACCAGGACCAAGCACCUGCUGCUAAUCUGCCACGCAAGGGCACAUUUACAGAUGACCUCCAUCUGCUGGUUGAUAACUGGGCCAGGGACGCCAAGAACAUGAUGCCACAGGUGAAGAAAAAGAACGAACAAGCCCAUGAUAUGUUGCCACGCAAAUUCUCAGCACCAGGUCAUCUCUGUCCUGUGGGUGGCCACAUGCCAGCCAUCACCAACCCUGCAAACGGACAGAAGGGUCCAUUAUGUAUGAACAAUCCUCAGUACAGCUUCACCUGCCCCAACUACAACCCACAGCAGUGGCCUCAGGUGGGUCCGCUGACAUCCACAACCCCAAAUGCUGGACUGCAGCAGGGCGUCCUUAUUCCCUCAGGAACCCACAAAUCUGGAAACACCUGCGGGUCGACCAACCUACGGACCACACAAGCCAGCUGAACCAGGUGUAGGAGGGAUUGGUACAAUGAAAGCUGUGCCUCAUCAGGGUGAUCUCUAAUGGACUGGUCCUGAUUUAUCUGAUAGUUUACAUGGACUGUAUAAUGUGACAAGAAUCUGACCAAACCAGCUAUUUAAUAGCAACGACGAUGGAAUGGGUUGGAUUGUCGAAUGUGUACAUUU